AACCACCCUCUCUCUCUCUCUCUCUCUCUCUCUCCCUUCCCUUCCUCUUCACGCUCAAGCUCACGGGGGCUUUCUCUUCUCUCCCUCUUCCUCUCCCUCUCCCUCUCCUUAAUUUUAACUUAACCCUCUUCCCCAUUUCUCCUCUCUCUCUCUCUCUCGCAGUCAUCGUUUUGUUUUGUCCGUCUUUCUUUUCUUUUCUCUCCUGCAUUUCCUUUCUUUUUUACACCCAUGCCCCUCCAUGCAGGUCCACUUCCUUUUUUUUUUUUUUUUGUUGUUUUGUUUUUCUCUCAUAUAAACAAAUUACUCCUACCACUAUCACAUUUAUUAUCUUCUUUGUUUCUCUUUGAUAUAUAUGCCUUUGUUUAAUUUGUUCACCAUCUACAUAUUUUAUUGAGCUUAUUAAUUUACUAUUUGAUCUUUCAUACUAUUAAUUGGAUCUUUCCUUUUUAUCCAUUUAAAUAUAUAUGCACCAACUCUAUCCACAUUUGUCGCUAAUUUUAUCUGUUUCUCGUAAAUUAGAUUCUGCAUGUUCGUGUCGCACCUUUAUAGUAUAAUCAUCCAUUUGUUUCACAAAUACUAAUUAAUCAAAUUGGGAAUGCUUAAUCAACUAGGUACAAGUUAGUGUAAAUAUCUCAACCAAAUUCUAUUUUUUAUUUUUAUUAUUUUAUGAUAUGUAUAAUUUAAGUACAAUAGCCCAUUGGAACAUUCGUUCAGCCCAAGGUUCCAAUUGAUCAUAAUUCAUAUAAGAAUCUGAUUAUAUAUAUACGUAUUUAUUAUUUCAACACACACACACACACACACAUGUUAAUCAUAAGCCAAUUACGGUCAUCCGACUUGACCUUCUUGCAAUAUUUAAAAAAAUAAAAAAAUAAAAAAAUAAAAACAAGACAGAGGUCAAUUACGUCAAUUUGCUAAGAUACAAAAGUCAAUUACGUAAAUUUACUAUAGUAAAUUAAUAUAAUUAAAUUUUCUUGUGGGGAAAUGGAGGCACUCAUGCAGGAGACAAACAAGCAAUCAUAUGAACAAAGCCUCAAUUAUAGUUGAUGCAUCCAAAUAUAUCCAGGAGUUGAAGGAAAAAGUGGAAUAUCUGAACCAAGAUAUUGGAACUUCUGAAAGUCGAUUACCCGCGGUUAUGGUGAAAACCCUAGAAAAGGGUUUUCUUAUUAAUGUGUUUUCGGAUACGAAUUGCCCUGGUUUGCUAGUCUCUAUUCUUGAAGCCUUUGAAGAGCUGGGUCUUGAUGUGCUUGAUGCUAGGGUUUCUUGUUCAGACACUUUCCAACUAGAAGCAGUUGGAGAAGACAAUCAUGGGCAUGCUGACAGCAUAGAUGCUCAAGUGGUGAAACAAGCAGUUUUGCAAGCUAUCAAGAAUUGGAGUGAGCAAGAUUGAUAAUAUCUGAAAAAUUCCAUAUUUUGUUUGCUAUCUAUCCCACAUCAGUUUUCCUUCUCUUGCCCUAAUUCCCCUUUAAGUGGUAAUCCGUAAAAAAGUUAUCUUAUGAAGGGAAAUUUUUAAAUAUUCUCCUUUGAGUUAUAGCUUACAUAACAAAAUAUCAACAGAAGCACCAAUGCAACUAUGAAGUGAAUGACUCUUUUCCUCUAUUACAUAUGAUUCGGACUGUGGUAAGAUAUUAUCCUGCAA